UGCUUAGAAGUUUUCUGCCCCCAGGGCUCUGAGUUUCACAAGGAAAUGAGUUAGAAAUGUGUUCCUUUCCCACUGAUGCUGUUAAAACCAGGAGCAUUAGGUAGCUUGGAGCUUUCUGAAGGUGUAAAAAAGCCUUGUGGGAGGAGGAAAAAAAACCCCUAACCAAGUGGUUUUUGAAAUGCUAUGUCCACAAAGUCCUCCUCUAGAAAGGAAAGUGAACAGGGCUAGCUGUUCCCAAAGUCAUGCUUAAAUAGACUCCAGAGACAGCUUUGCCAUUCAGUCCAGAACCUGAGCAAUCUAACACAUUGAAUUUGGGAGGUGAAAUAAGAGUUUGGUAGCACAAAACCCAUCAGGAUCCCUCUCAGCUGUCAGUGGGGUGGGGGGAUGACCAGAAGCAGACUAACAGGGUGUUUGUUUUGCAUCUUAGUCCCCUCCAAGGAGGUUUCAACCUCAACACUGUGUUUAAGACAAAGCUUCUUUAAGAGCCAUCUAAGGAUUGUUUCUUACUUGAAUGCUUGCUAUGGAAGUCUUGGCAAUUUGGAGCAUUAUUGAUUUGACCUCUUUUAAAUUUCAGCAGCUUCACAAGAGACAGAGUGAGUUAGUAAGGAAGGCAAAAUAUACCCUUCGCAGGUGCUACAGCCGCGUGAAGGAACACGGCGUGGGCAAGAGGAAAAGCAGCUACACCUUUGAGCAGCUGGAACAAGUGUUUGGGCAAGGAGGAUGGGAUUCCCAGCCCUGCCAGCCUGUCCUCAUCAACAGCAGUGGUUUGUACCAGGAGCUGGAGUCAGAUGGCAGCACCAUGGAGGAAUAUUCACAGGAAGAUUGGGGAAACCACAGUCAGGAUCUCCAUUGCUACCAGACUGGUGAACAAGAAUUGGAUGAAAUGCCUACCACGAAGAGAACACUAAAGAUAAAACAGGAGUCUUCAGAAGACACACAGAAGCGUGACGUCAUGCAGAACAUCAUGCAGAUCUUGGAGUCUGUCCAGUUGAAGUGGGAGCUGUUUCAGAGCUGGACUGAUUUCUCCAGGCUUCACCUUUCCAACAAACUGGCCAUUUUUGGCAUUGGUUACAACACCCGUUGGAAGGAGGACAUCAGGUACCACUACGCCGAAAUCAGCUCCCAAGUCCCUUUAGGCAAACGCCUGAGGGAGUAUUUUAACUCUGAGAAACCAGAAGGUCGAGUCAUUAUGACCAGGGUCCAGAAAAUGAACUGGAAGAAUGUUUAUUACAAGUUCUUAGAGAUCACCAUCAGUGAAGCCAGGUGCCUGGAGCUUCACAUGGAGAUCGACUGGAUCCCCAUCGCUCACUCCAAACCUACCGGCGGGAACGUGGUGCAGUAUCUCUUACCCGGGGGGAUCCCUAAAAGCCCUGGCUUGUAUGCUAUUGGGUAUGAAGAGUGCCAUGAGAAACCCUCUUCCCCUCUCCCUGAGCAUCGAGGGACUGACCCUACCAAUGAGACUCAAGGAGAGCUGGAGGUUCCUUCUCCUCAAGCCUCGCUCCGCCUGGACGUGGAAUCCGCCCGCAUCAUCUAUUGUUACCUCGGCAUCGCUGAGGUCAGGACUCUCCAGCAGUGCCUGUUUUUACAUUUCCAGGCCAACACCAAAACCUUCAGCAAAGAUUGGGUGGGGAUCAACGCUUUUUUAUCUCAGAACUGCAUUGUUGAGCCUGGAGUCUCCCCUAAAUCCAUCUACAUCAAAUUUGUGGAAGUGGAGAGGGAUUUUCUUUCGGCCGGCUCUUUGGUAGAGUGCCUGGAAAAAGCCAUCGGCUACCCCUUAAAGUUCAACAACUGAGCCCUUCACAAGGAUUUCAGGGCUUGCUGCCCCACUUUUUCUGUUAGUUUGGGGUUGGGGGUUGUUGUUUUUUUCUCUGCCAUCUCACAAAUCCCAGACUUUGGAGGCUCAAAGUGGGGAGGAACCUUCCCUCCACCCCGAGGGGGGCGCAAGCGGCUCCCGCCCGGCCGCAGGAGGUGAGGAGCCGCCCGGCCCCGCGGCACUGGAGGUACAUUCCACAAGGGGGAGAAGGUGUUUUCACCCACCAAAGGGUUUUCUUCUCUUCGAGGGGGUGGGGAGGGCAUUUUUCUUCCACAGUGUCUCCUUUGUACGUCUCUUCAGUGUUAAGUCCGGAUAACUAAGCAAUAGACAACGACGAGUUCAAGGUGGAAGCCCCAUGGAAGGACACGGGGUUGUAGAGAACUCUUGUAUAUAAUUUAGACACUUUUUAUCACACCCAUCCAGUGGUCUCUCUCCUCUCUCUCUCUCUCUCUCCAAACAGUGUUGCCUGCACCAAGAGACUUUGGGUUCUGUGAUGUAAUUCCACUUUCCAAGUAGCGUUGCCAUAUCUGCUUUGGGGUGGGGGGUGGCUGGGGUAUGUUGAUUUGGUGACACAAAGAGAAUUCCUGGCCUUGGGGGAGGCUUUUUAUUUGUCUCUUGCCUGUUCUUUUCAUGGGGGUUGUUCCUGGUUCCUUUUCAGGUUUUUUUUAUACUUGGGGGGAAUUUUAUUUGGGGUUAUUGGGGUUUCUUUGGGGUUUGUUUCCCUUCUCCUUUGGGUUUAUUUCCCUUGUCCUUUGGGGUUUAUUUCCCUUGUAUUUUGGGUUUAUUUCCCUUGUACUUUGGGCUUAUUUCCUUUGUACUUUGGGUUUAUUUCCCUUGUAUUUGGGAUUUGUUUCCCUUGUACUUUGGGUUUAUUUCCCUUGUAUUUGGGGUUUGUUUCCCUUGUACUUUGGGGCUUAUUUCCCUUGUACUUGGGCUUAUUUCCCUUGUACUUGAGGAUUAUUUCCCUUGUCCUUUGGGUUUGUUUCCCUUGUCCUUUGGGUUUGUUUCCCUUAUACUUUGGGCUCAUUUCCCUUAUAUUUGGGCUUAUUUCCCUUGUAUUUUGGGUUUAUUUCCCUUGUAUUUUGG